AUGCUGAAGCAUCCCUUUCUGGUCAUCCUUUGGAUUGUUCAGUUACAUUGUGAGAAAAGAAAUUCUAGAAAAAUGAAUUAUUCUUUGGAAGAAUCACCUCUCACACGCACAGAUCUGACAAGAGAAAAAAUGACCCGAUGGCUGGAGGCGCAGCGGAAAGGAGAGAAACUGGACAUAGAUGUGUACGGAAAACCUUCGGAAAAACAGCUCAAAGAACUCGAAAAUGUCCGCCAAUUGAGUAAAGAGCUUCAAGAAAACUUACAUGAAUUAGAGAACGCCCGAGCAGACGCGAAUAACCACGAAAUGAGUUCACCAGCACCCAUCCUGGACUUUUCAGAAGACCACGAGUUUGUUUCCGCUAACCAACUCGACGACUACUACUCGCAAGAAGACCAAAUAGACGCAAAGGAGGCUGAAAAGCAAAACCUAACCAAGGAUGGAAGAAUAAGUUUGAAGGCGAGUCGUGUGGUGGAGAAGGUCGUCCUG